AUGGACCAAAGUUUGCCAGUUGGAUUGUGGUGGCUCAGUGAGUUCCUUGAUACCAGGCGCCUGAAAAGAGCCUUCAACUCCGAAAACACCAUUGGACAGGUGUACGCCUUUGUGCUGAUCGAAGGUGGCGAGGCGCUCCAAAGUCGUUCCUUCCGUCUAGUGGAGACCAUGCCGCGCCGAACCUACGAGGCGUCCUGCAAGUCCUGA